AACAGCAUAUAUUUCAAGCCAUUUACAGCAAAAGUAGUCAAUCUAUAAGGAGGACAUUUAUUCAAGUGAACCGUUAGACACUCUACAUGUUUUCCCGCUAUGAUUCCUCUAUAUAAAACAAGCCAUACUGCAGAAAAUUUGAUGAGAUGAAUCAAAUGGAAAUAGAGAACUUUGCUGGCGCCACCAGCGGUGCAGGUGAGGAUGAUUUGGAUUUACCAAGUUGGGGAAGAGACAAUUUUCAACAUUUAGCCAUGUAUUUGGUGUGGGAAGAUCUAAGUGUUGUUCUUCCAAACUUUGGAAGUGGACAUAGUAGGAGGCUGCUUGAUGGGCUAAGUGGUUUUGCUGAGCCUGGAAGAAUCAUGGCUAUCAUGGGCCCUUCUGGCUCUGGCAAAUCAACUCUUCUUGAUACAUUAGCAGGAAGACUUUCAGGAAAUGUUGUCAUGACUGGAAAUGUUCUUCUUAAUGGGAAGAGAAGAAGGCUAGACUAUGGUGUUGCUGCUUAUGUGACACAAGAGGAUUUGCUACUGGGAACUCUUUCAGUGAGGGAAACCAUAACUUACUCAGCUAUGUUAAGGCUACCAAGAACUCUAUCAAAACAUGAGAUGAAUGAGACUGUUGAGGCAACCAUUAUGGAAAUGGGACUCCAAGAUUGUGCAGAUGGGCUUGUUGGAAACUGGCAUAUAAGAGGUAUUAGCGGUGGGGAGAAGAAGAGACUGAGUAUUGCUCUUGAAAUCCUUACUAGGCCUCGUCUCUUGUUUCUAGAUGAACCAACCAGUGGCCUUGACAGUGCCUCAGCUUUCUUUGUUAUUCAAACUCUUAGGAACAUUUCUCUUGAUGGCAGAACUGUUAUCUCUUCAAUCCAUCAACCGAGCUCUGAAGUUUUUGCACUCUUUGAUGAUCUGUUCUUGCUUUCUGGUGGUCAAACAGUGUAUUUUGGACCAGCAAAGAUGGCUGUUGAGUUCUUUGCCAAAGCAGGAUUUCCAUGUCCAAGUAGAAGAAAUCCCUCUGAUCACUUUCUUAGAUGUAUUAAUUCGGGUUUCGACCAGGUGACAAACACUUUGAUGGGCACUCGCAAAAUUCAUGACUCGGAUCCUUUAACGAAUAUACCAAUAGGAAAGAUAAAAACAGCUCUAGUUGAAAAUUACAAGAACUCGGAGUACACAACAAGAGCUAAAGCUAGGAUGAGAGAAAUCUCAUCCAUUGAAGGACUUGUAAUAGAAAGCAGACGUGGGAGCCAAGCGAAAUGGUGGAAGCAACUCUCAGUUUUGACUUGUAGAUCUUUCAAAAACAUGUCAAGAGAUGUUGGGUACUACUGGGUAAGAAUCAUAGUGUAUAUAAUACUGUCUCUUUGUGUUGGCUCCAUAUUCUUCAACGUUGGCACAAGCUUCACUGCUAUCUUGGCACGCGGAGCUUGUGGGGGUUUCAUAGCUGGUUUUAUGACCUUCAUGUCUAUUGGAGGCUUCCCAUCUUUCCUUGAAGAAAUGAAGGUGUUCAACAAGGAAAGACUGAAUGGAUAUUAUGGGGUUGGUGUUUAUGUCAUAUCGAACUUCCUAUCUGCUUUUCCAUUCCUGCUUUUGAUGUCGUUUGCCACUUCAACUAUAGUUUACUACAUGGUGAAAUUUAGGCCUGAAUUCGAAUGUUACCUAUACUUUGCCCUCGAUCUUCUAUGCUGCAUUGCAACUGUGGAGAGUGCCAUGAUGAUUGUAGCUUCUCUUGUUCCCAACUUCUUGAUGGGAGUCACAGUUGGAGCUGGAUAUCUGGCGAUUAUGAUGAUGACUUCUGGCUUUUUCCGCCCCAUACCUGAUCUUCCCAAACCACUCUGGCGCUAUCCCAUUUCAUACAUCAACUAUGGUGCUUGGGGUUUACAGGGCGCAUACAAGAAUGAUAUGAUUGGCCUUGAAUUUGAUGCCUUCAUACCUGAUGGGAUGAAGCUAAAAGGCGAGUUUAUACUCACAAGUAUGCUAGGCAUAAAACUGAAUCAUUCAAAGUGGUGGGAUUUGGCAGCUAUUGUUUUCCUUAUUGUGUCCUUCAGGCUUAUCUUCUUUGCCAUCCUCAAGUUGAUGGAGAGAGCUUCGCCUUAUGUUAGAACAUUUUACACCAAAAGAACUUUGAAGCAUCUGAAGAAGCGCCCUUCGUUCAGGAAAACACCGUCUUUCCCUUCCAAGAGGCAUCAGUCUCUCCACCCAUUGUCAGUUCAAGAGGGGCUCAAUUCUCCUCUACAUUACUAGCAGGCAACAAUACAAGUUCAACUUAGAUAUAAAAAAAUAAUAGAAAAAAUACAAGUUCAACAAAGUAAAAAGGCGGUUGUGAAAUGGGGUUGUCGUUAGAGUUCUUCUCUACAAAGACCACCUAUGUAGUUUAGCAGAGGUAGUGUAGAAAGACUUAACCAUGGAGCCUAUAUGUUGUUUUCAAUUAUAGUUGACUACUCGAAACCCACUUGAAGUACGUAGUUUUAAUUUGUAUUCACAAUUUAUUCAAAAAAAAAAAAUUGUAUUCACAAUGAAAUUUUUAACAAGGUGAACAUACAGGUCCUGAGCUUUAUUUAACUGUGGCUUGCAAAUAAGACUGCCGAUCCUUCUUGCUAGGAAUUAACUCUAUUGCAUGUUUUCAUUUUUAAUACCGAUGUCCAAGUUGACUGUUAAAAUUGCAAGAUUAUGACAUGCAAUUAAAAGCAUAAUAGCAUACAUAGUUUGCUCAAAAGUGUUUUGCAUAAAUACUUGUUUCAAUUCAAUUUAACAACAGAAAGAUGUUGAAAAAAGUGAGAGCAAAGGAGAAUUUUGACUCUCAAAAUGAACAAAUCUACUGUACAUGGAGAUUCAAUAUCAUUUUGCUGACAGUUUUAUCCGUCCUUUCAACUACGAUCAAAAGAAUUCUACCAAUCUCAGCAUGUUCCUUUCGUUCAUUCUGCUGCAAAUUCAAGAUAAGUUGCAUUUGACAACCAAUCUCAGUGAAGAACGCUGGGUCUGAUGUGAACUUCCUGUCAAUUCAGUAGAAUAUCUAUAACAAUCACAACUGCCACCAAGAUAAUUUCCCUUUUAAUAACAGGAGAAAAAUAUGCAGUACACAGAAAAGAAUAAAAAUUUAGAGUGGCAGUAAAAUUACUCAGUCUGAAUGUUGCUUUCAAUUUCUUUUCCAUUGAUAAGCGCCCAGUCUAAACUAACACCUUAACGCACAGCACAAAUUGUCUUCACAAGCUGUUAAAAGAGCAUUAUCUCCAAGUAAGAAGCACUUAAUCACUACAAGAUGCUUGUUUCAAUAAUAUGGGUAUGAGAAACUGGGAGUUGAUAAGUUUAUAAUUGUUAACAGUGCAUGUGCACGUAUAAUAGAAAGAAAGAGAAGUGUGUUUAAGUGCACAUGGAAAGAAAGGUUCCCAUGCAUGUAUCAUUUUCACAUUAGGUCUCUGAAAACAAAACAACCAAAGUAUACCCCCUGCAUAAGACAGACCAAAGUACACCAUUGGACAAUUUUAGCCCACUAGCUAAAACAUGGGAUGGGACGCAAUAAAAAAAUAAAUAAAUAAAUAAAAGAGAUUCAUUCAAAAGAAAACAGAAGAAGGACAACAUGACUGGAACAGUUAGCUUUAAAAUUAAUGUGAGAAGAGAGCUCUUGAGCAAAUGGUAUGUAUACAGCGUGGUCAAAAAUGAUUGUAACAUGACUAAUUUCUGUAAGGACCAAAUUGAUAUUAACUAAACAACUUAAAAGACAAAGAC